AAGUCAAAAGGACGAAAGACAGGGCAUGUUCCUGGAAACCAGAUAAAGCAAAGAAGAAAAAGGCAGACCAUCUUCCCGGAAAAGAGAUGAAAAAGACUUAGAUAUAUUGGAAUAUAGUUCAAUUACUCAAUUAGCUGAUGUUUUAGUUUAGCCUUCCUUGUUUAUGCGAAGUACCUCUCAUCACUUGCAGCAGUUAAUGGCUUCCUCUUCUUCUUCUUCCAUUACUCCUAAACUAGAGUAUGAGGUUUUCCUUAGUUUCCAUGGUGUGGACACCCGAACAAACAUUACCAGCCAUCUGUAUGAAGCCUUUUGUCAGAAAAAGAUUAAAACUUUCAUUGAUGAUAAGCUUAAUAGAGGAGAAGAAAUUUCUCCCUCUCUUUUGAGGGCAAUUGAACAUUCAAAGAUCUCGGUUAUCAUUUUCUCUAAAGGUUACGCUUCCUCCAGAUGGUGUCUCAAAGAACUUGAAGAGAUUGUUAAAUGUAAGAACACGUAUGAUCAGAUCGUAAUACCAAUCUUCUAUCAAGUAGAUCCAUCUGAUGUCAGGAAUCAAACUGGGGAUUUUGGGAAAGCAUUUGCUGAGCUUGAAAAGCGUUUUAUGGAUGAUUCAGAAAUGUUGCAGAGAUGGAGGACUGCUUUGGGGGAUGCAGCCAGCAUUUCUGGUUAUGAUUCAAAGAACUCUAGGAAUGAGGCAACGCUGAUAAAAGAUCUUGUCAACGAUGUAUGGAAGAAAUUGGUUUACAACUCUUCAAUUAUUCCUUCCAAAUACCUAGUUGGACUAGAGUCAUCAAUCGAAGAGAUUGAAAAUUUAUUAUGUUCAAAGGGUGUUUGCAAGCUAGGAAUUUGGGGCAUCGGGGGCAUAGGAAAAACUACUCUUGCUGAUGCUAUAUUUAAAAAAAUCUCUAAACAAUUUGAAGAAUCUUACUUCAUUUCAAAUAUUAGAGAAGAAUCAGAAAAAAGUGGGGGAUUAAAUGACUUAUGCCAAAAACUGAGUUCUACAGUUUUAGGGGAUGAACAUCCCAAUCAUAGAUUCACCUUCACAAGAAGAAGUCUUAUUAGCAGAAAAAAAGUUCUUAUUGUAUUUGAUGAUGUAACGAAUUUAAAUCAAAUGCAAUGUUUAAUGGCAAUUUUUGGUGAGUUGGAUUCAUACAGUCGAAUCAUUAUAACGUCAAGGGAUAAACAUGUGCUAAGAAAUUGUGAAGUGGAUCACAUUCAUGAGAUGAUAAAGUUAUCUCCUGAUGAUGCUUUUCAACUUUUUGACCUAUAUGCCCUUAAAGGAAACUCUCCAACAGAAUAUUAUAUCGAGCUAUCAUCUAAAGUAGUAGAUUAUGCUAAAGGUCUUCCAUUAGCUCUUGAAGUCUUAGGUUCCUUUCUAUUCGAGAGGACGGAGAGAGAAUGGAAAAGUACACUAGAAAACUUGAAAACAAGUCCUCAUGGGGAUGUCCAAAAGGUAUUAAAAAUAAGUUACGAAGGACUAGAUGAUAAACAGAAGUGUGUAUUUUUGGAUAUUGUAUGUUACUUUAAAGGGUAUAAAAGAGAUAUUGUAGAAGCAAUCUUGAAUACUCGUGACUUAGACGCUCAUAUUUAUAUAAAUGUUCUCAUUGAAAGGUGUCUCAUAACUACUUCAUAUGACACCAUAACAAUGCAUGAUUUACUUAAAGAAAUGGGUAGAGAAAUUGUUCAGCAAGAAUCAAUUUAUAAUCCUGGCAAACGUAGUCGGUUGUGGGAUCAUGAGGAUGUAUUUUCAGUAUUGAAGAAUAAUACGGGAACUAGAGCAAUUCGAAGCAUAUGCUUGGAUAUGUCUAAAGUAGAAGAGCUGCAUUUAAAUCGUGAAGUUUUCAACGACAUGCAAAACCUAAGAUUCUUGAAAUUUUAUGGGUCUCAACAUGGAAAGAAGGUGCCUGAAUCUGAUUCCUCUACAUUGCAUCGUAUUUUGAGAUGGUUGAAAAGAGAAAACUCCAAUGAUGGAAAGGUGCAUGGUUUUGAGAAACUUAAGUUUGAUUUCUAUGAGAUAAGACACUUUUGCUUUCAUGGAUAUCUUGACAAAUCAUUGCCGUCAAAUUUUAAUGCAAAGAACCUUGUUGCACUUUACAUGCCUAAUAGCAAAGUUAAAAAACUCUGGACUGGUAACCAGGUUCUUGUUAAUUUGAAAUAUAUUGACCUUAGGUGCUCUAAGCAUCUAUGCAGAAUACCAGAUUUUUCACUUAUGCCAAAUCUUGAGAGUUUGAUUCUAGCAGGUUGUACAAAUUUGCUUGAGGGUUUCUCAUCCAUCUAUAAUCUCCAUAAACUUGUUAUCUUGAAUCUACGAGGAUGCAAAAGCUUUGAUAAUCUUCCAAUUAGUUCUAAUUGCCAAUCUCUUCGAGAAGCUAAUCUCUCCAAUUGCUCAAAUCUCAAAAAAGUUCCACAUCUCCCUAAUACAGUUGAAAAUUUAUAUCUAAAUGGAACUGCUAUUAAAGAAUUUUCAUCAAUAGGGCAUUUAUUUAGACUAGUAAGAUUGAGCCUUAAAAAAUGUUCAAAGCUUGAGAGAUUACCAAAUAGUAUUCGUGAGUUGAAAUCUCUUAAAAAGAAGCGAUUGGGUAUCCCACUUGUCGAUUUAUCUGUUUUCCAAAGAAUGAUAGCGCUACGCCUGAUUGAUUGUUGCAUCGAAGUGUUACCCAACAAUAUUGGCCAAUUACUCUCACUAAAUUAUUUAUGUCUUGAACAAAACAAUUUGGAGACGCUACCAGAGAGCAUCAAAGACCUCUCUAACCUACGAGGAUUCUUCUAUUAG